ACGAUGGCUGAUGAAGAGGAAGAAGGCAAACAGAUCUUGCAGAAAUUGCAGGAACUGGUGAAUCAACUCUAUUCAUUUCGAGAUUGCUAUUUUGAUACACACAGUGUUGAGGAUGCUGGGAGGAAGCAACAGGAUGUGCGGGAGGAGAUGGAGAAAACCCUGCAGCAGAUCAAGGAAGUAGUGGGUUCUGUCCAGGGCAAAGCACAGGUUCUGAUGCUAACUGGGAAGGCACUGAAUGUGACUCCUGACUACAGCCCUAAGGCUGAGGAGCUUUUGUCAAAGGCUGUGAAGUUGGAGCCCAAGCUGGUGGAAGCCUGGAACCAGCUGGGGGAGGUGUACUGGAAGAAAGGGGAUGUUGCAGCUGCCCACACCUGCUUCUCAGGAGCCCUCACCCAUUGCAAGAACAAAGUCUCCCUUCAAAACCUGUCAAUGGUGCUUCGCCAGCUGCGGACUGACUCUGGAGAUGAGCAUUCUCGCCACGUCAUGGACAGUGUCCGACAGGCUAAAUUGGCUGUGCAGAUGGAUGUCCACGAUGGCCGCUCCUGGUAUAUUCUGGGGAAUGCAUACCUUUCUCUUUACUUCAAUACUGGCCAGAACCCUAAGAUCUCCCAGCAAGCCCUCAGUGCCUAUGCCCAAGAUACAUUUGGCCUGGUGGAUUCAGAUGGCCCUUGUUGUGCAGUGAUGGUGUAUAACAUGGUGCAGAGUUGGGGAGUGCUCAUCCGGGACUCCGUAGCCAUCCCUGAGCCCAGCCUUCGGCUUCACGGAAUUCAGCACAAGGGAAAGGACUAUUCCUUUUCCAGUGUCCGAGUAGAGACGCCCCUCCUGCUGGUGGUGAAUGGGAAGCCUCAGGGCUCCAGCAGCCAAGCUGCUGCCACAGUGGCAUCUCGGCCACAGUGUGAAUGACCUCACUUACCCUGCACGCUGAAGAGGGAGCGGAG